UAGGACCCUAAGCGGAGAAAGAGGAAGGGGGGGGGGGCAAUAGGAGAAGUUCCCUCUCGUCAUCCUCAAGUUCACUUAACCUGUUCCUGUUCCACAAAGAGCUGCUUUUUGUGCAAAGUAAAGAAGUCCCUCCGAAAAGAGUUAGGGAAUUAAGACCUGCAAGUGAUGUGAACAGGAAAGGGAUCUUUUAGCUUUGUUGAAGGCAAUCCCUAGGGUGUUGUGGGUUUUCCAGGUUUGCUUUGACACUCCAAAGGAAUGUCCAGAGUGGGACAAAGAACCAUUUGCAUUGCUUAAAAGUGUUAAGAGUGCAAUUUGCAUGUGUUAAGUGGAAUCCACCCAUUUUAGCAUAUGUAUGUAACACUGAGGUUGCAUAAUCUAUUAGUGAGGGCAUCUGCAUAGCAGUUGCCUGGCAUUUCUAACCAUUUAAUUUGCUUUCUGCAGAGUUGCCUGGCAUUUCUAACCAUUUAAUUUGCUUUCUGCAGAGAGACAUCCUGGUGUCUGGGUGGUGUUUGCUAACUGUUGUCUUGAUUCUAGUGUGUUUAAGUACUGGUAGCUAAAUUUUGUUCAUUUUCGUGGUUUCUUCCUUUCUGUUGAAAUUAUUCAUGUGCUUGUGGAUAUCAGUCACUCCUCUGUGUAGUCUGAUGUAGUGACUGUCAGAGAGGUCCAGAAUUUCUGUGUUUUCAAAUAACACUGUGUCCAGCUUAGUUUUUCAUGGGCUGCGCUACUGCUGAUUUUUCCAACUGAAUUAGUCUGCUAUGCCUUUCAUGUUCUUUGAUUCGUGUCUGGGCGCUUCAUUUUGUGGUCCCUAUGCAGACUUGUCCACAGCUGCAAGGUACACAGUAAAAUCCUGUAGCAGUUAAAGGAUCCCUCUUAUCCUUUGCUAAAUGUAGCAUUUGUUGAAUUUUCUUGGGUCUGAAGAUUGUUUGGAGGUUAUGUUUCUUCUAUAGUUUAAGUGAUUGAGUUACUCUGGAAGGAGGUGGGGUUCACAGAAUCAUGGAGAGGUCCUCCCUCCAAUCCCCUUUGUCUUUCUCCCUAUAGAAAUCAUGAUCCUUUGCUGCUUUUCUAUGGGUGUAUGUGAAGGGGGGUUCUCCAGGCUCCCCAGUUGCAAGAUGUCAUCAAGGUCAGCAGUGCCGUGUGCUGGAUGGAAGGAAAGAGUGAAGGCACCCUGUCUGGCAUGAAUGAGGAGACAUCCGUCUUUGACCUGAUUAAUACAGAGAUAGUUGACGCAGCCUCUCUUCUUGCAGUGCUAGCUUUCUAUGUGUGGGAAGUUUUUCGUGAUGCAAAUGAACAUUUGGUGUUACUAAAUUGAGAGUUGGAAUCUGCCAUCUGCUUUUUCCAGGGCAACCUAUCUAGAGGCAUGACCUGUAAAUUGUGGGCAAGUGUGGGGUGACCUAAUGCAAAAAUCAUAAGGAUCUAUGAGAAUCCAGGCUUUGACAUUUUUUCACCAUCCCAGAACCAUGAAGCAGUGGAUACCUGAUUUUUGCGGUGCUGCCUAUAGACUUAGACAUGCUCUACAAUAUGAUAUUGGUUUGGUUUUGUUUCAGGGUAAAAAUGAAAUGAUUUCGUAAGGAUCAGUUCAACUUCAUGUAGUCUGACUGUUACCCAGGCCCCUUUUGGACCCAAAUUCUACUGAGGUGUAGUGUUUCUAUAAUCUUUUUGGUCUAGUUCCUCCCUGUAGGGACCCAAAGAGGGUUAUUGUUGGGAAGGGGGUUUUCCAGGAUGCAGAAGCGUUUGGGAACUGAAAGAAAAGGAUCUUCCUUCCCCACCCCAAACCACCCCAGCACUAGAGGCCUGAGCAUGCUUCUCCCCCUCCAUGAUCCAUGGAAGGUAGAAAUCAAUUGAACAUAAUUUAAAGGGGACAGAAAGGGCUAAGGAAGAGGGAGGCUGGAGUAAGUGGACACUUAAUGAUCCUAAUCCUCCUAACCAGGGAUGCUUUGUGGCAAAGGGGCAGAGACCGUUAUUGUCCUUGGUAACCCUGAGUCCCCUGUGGGGGAGGGGGUAAAGAGUUGGAGUACUCCUCAUAAGGAAAAAAAAAUUACAAUCUUCCCAGAGUGAUUGGAGGCCUGAAGGUGCCACUUGCUUACCUCAGAAGUACUCUGGCUUUUAAAAUUUAUUUUUAUUUAUUUUUCUAUUCAUCUGCAUUGUUCUGGUUGUGAAUGUUAGAAUAGAAUCACAGAAUACACAGUUAGAAGAGACUACAAGGGCCACCAAGUCAAACUCCUGCCAUGCAGAAACACACAAUCAAAGCACUCCCAACAGAUGGUUAUCCAUCUCCUUCAGGUGGAAUCUGCUUUACCACAGCUUGAAUCUUCUCAGAGUAACUGGAGGGCUAAAACUGUAGCUCUCUUUCCUCAGGAGGACUUCAGCUUUUAAGAUUUAUUUUUAUUUACUUGAUUUGACAUCCAUUGUAAAACUAUACACUGAUAUAAUUAAUUGGCUAUUUGUCUGUAUUGUGAUGGUUGUUGCAAUGGGAAUUAUUUGAAUCUCCUCACAGUGAUCGGAGGGCCUGAAGCUGCCAAUUGCUUACCUCAGAAGGACUCCAGCUUUUUCAUAUAUAUAUACUUUUUGUGUAUAUAUAUACACACACACACAUUUUCAAGGCUUACAUGAAACUCCUAACAGACAACUCACCAAGGUGGAGCAAAGCUGCAAGUCUAUUCAUCUUGAAGCAACUGGCUUGAUGGAAGUCAGAAAAACUCAGGAAUUGGAAGAUAAUUCUCUUCACUGUCAACUGAGUAAAGACAUCUUUUCACAAUUGGAGGCGACCCAAUACACAGGGAAGGAGAUGGAAGAUCAGGACCCAGAAGGACCUGGACCUGGCAAGAGAAAAAGAAAAGGCCCCCAUUCCAUCCAAGCUGGGAGUAGUGCUGAGUUCUGGGAGACAGCUGUGCUAGGCAUCUGGAAUCAGGAGCCCUUGAACUCAGAAGUACUUUGCCGGCUCUUCCGGCAGUUCUGCUACUAUGAGGCCAAUGGACCUCGAGAGGUUUUCAGCCAGCUCCAUGGACUUUGCAACCACUGGCUGAAGCCAGAAAGGCACUCCAAGAAGCAGAUCCUGGACCUGGUGAUCCUGGAGCAGUUCCUGACCAUCCUGCCCCAGGAAAUGCAGUGCUGGGUCAGAGAAUGUGGGCCAGAGACCAGUUCCCAGGCAGUGGCCCUGGCCGAAGGUUUCCUCCUGAGUCAGGCUGAGGAGAAGAGGCAGGCAGAACAGAUGUGGGAUCCAUUAGUGAAGAUGGAAGCUGAGUUCUCUGAGAUGGAAAGAGUUUUGUUGGAGAAAGAGCAGCAUGGUCAGACUCAGGAGCAUGGCCAAGAUGUCAUCUCAUGUGCCAGUCAAGAGACAGUUUUGUUUCAUUUUCUUUGUGGAGAUGUGGAAACAGCUGCUGUACUUCCAGUCCAGGUUGCAGUUUCCUUUGAGGAGGUGGCUGUAUGUUUCACCGAGGCAGAGUGGGCUCUGCUGAAUCCGGAUCAAAGAGCUCUCUGCAGGGAAGUCAUGCUGGAGAACUAUGGGAGUGUGGCCUCUCUGGGAGCCAUGCAUGUAAGAGAGAUGGGAGUGGAGACAGACAAAGCCUCAGAAGAAAGCCUGGAGAGGUUUUCAAGAAGAUCUCAAGAGAGUAUUUCCUUCCCAGAUGACUUGGCUGCAAGUGGUGACUGGGCCUCUUCCUUCCUUUCAGCAGGACUUAGAGAGGAAAAAGUCAAGGGAUUCCAGGAGUUCCCUGUGCAAAAAGCUAAGGAAGAAGACUCCAAAGGAGAUGGACCAAAGAGUCAAGUGGAAGGCCAUACAGACAAGAGAUGGAAUAAGCCUUUUCUGUUCCAAGAUUUUCAUGAAAUCAUAGUCCAAGAAGAAGGGUCAACCAAAACAAGAAGGGACAAAGGCCUCAAUGCUAAGCAGAGAAUCCUCUCCAGGGAAAAUGAAAAAGAAAUUGUGACUUUUGGAAAGACCAUCCAUAAGAACAUGAGUCUUGGUAAAGGGCAGGAUUUCUGCAAAGUUAUCCACACAGUGGAGAAAGCAUAUAUGUGUUUGGAGUGUAGAAUGACUUUCCCAGAUCAAAACCAGUAUGAGAUACAUUUGCAAAUGCACAGUGAACUGAAGUCCCAUCAAUGCUUGGAGAAUGAAAAUAGUAUCCUAUGCAGUGCAGAGCUCCUCAGGCAUCAAAGCACACAUAUAGAAGAGAAAUCUUAUAUCUGCUCAGACUGUGGCAAGUACUUUUCACAGAAAUCAGACCUUGUUCAAUCCCAUAUGAUUCAUUCAGAAGAGAAGCCAUUCAUCUGCUUAGAGAGUGGAAUGACCUUGUCUGAUGGAAGAAAGGGUAAGGAACAUAUUCUGCAACACAGUAUAAUGAAGGAACAUAAAUGCUAUUGCUGUGGAAGGUUCUUCAGAUACAAAUCACAGCUCCUUGUACACCAGAAAAUUCACAAAGUGGAAAAACCUUCAAAAUGUGGAAAGAGAUUCAGUAAAAGUGAUAAUUUCCAAAUACCUCAGAUAACCCAGAAAGGAGAGAAACCUUUUGAAUGCUUAGAGUGUGGGAAGAGAUUCAGUCACAGUUGCAGUCUUAAAGCACAUAAAAGAAUCCACACAGGAGAGAAACCUUUUCAAUGUACUGAGUGUGGAAAGAGUUUCAGCCACAGUCGCAGUCUUCAAACACAUAAAAGAACCCACACAGGGGAGAAACCUUUUGAAUGUUCAGAGUGUGGAAAGAGAUUCCGUCACACUGGGAAUCUUCACACACAUAAAAGAACCCAUACAGGGGAGAAACCUUUUGAAUGCUCAGAGUGUGGAAAGAGAUUCACUGGCAGUAGCCAUCUUCAAACACAUCAAAGAAUCCACACAGGGGAGAAACCUUUUGAAUGCUCAGAGUGUGGAAAGAGAUUCAGUGAUAGUAGCCAUCUUCAAACACAUCAAAGAACCCACACAGGGGAGAAACCAUUUGAAUGCUCAGAGUGUGGAAAGAGAUUCAGUCGGAGUAGCAGUCUUCAGAAGCAUCAAAGGACCCACACAGGGGAGAAACCUUUUGAAUGCUCAGAGUGUGGAAAGAGAUUCAGUCACAGUCGCAGUCUUCAAACACAUAAAAGAAUCCAUACAGGGGAGAAACCUUUUGAAUGCUUAGAGUGUGGUAAGAGAUUCCGUCACAGCUGCAAUCUUUACACACAUAAAAGAACCCAUACGGGGGAGAAACCUUUUGAAUGCUCUGAAUGUGGAAAGAGAUUUCGUCACAGUGGACAUCUUAAGACGCAUAUGAGAACCCAUACGGGGGAGAAACCUUUUGAAUGCUCAGAUUGUGAAAAGAGAUUCAGUGAUAGUAGCAGUCUUCGAAAGCAUCAAAGAACCCACACGGGAGGAGAAACCAUUUGAAUGCUCUACAUUUGGAAAGAGAGUCAGUAAGAGUGGAAGUCUUCAGAAUCAUCAAAAAACGCACAUGGGGAUGAAACCUUUUGAAUGCUCAGUGCUGGGAGAUUCAGUUGGAGUAGCUAUCUUCAAAAACAUCAAAGAACCCACAUGGGGGAGAAAUCAUUUGAAUGUUCAGAGUGUGAAAAGAGAUUCAGUCAAAGUAGGUCUUGCACAUCUUCUCAGAAGACAGACGUAUGAUAAACUUUUGGAAUGCUUAGAGUGUAGAAGAAAGUUCAGUCACAGAGAUGCAGAUGUGAACAUUUGAGAACCAACACCAAGGAGAAACCAUUUGAAGGUUCAGUGUUGGGCUCCUGCCCUCUCCUCAGUUGAAAUAUUCCAAUUUGAUCCCCAAUCUUCUCUUUGUUCUUUUGAAGUGCACCCAUUUGAAAACUGAAAUUGCAAUGAGGGAAUCUUUUGAAUACUUCUGCUCAUGUCCAGAGCAGAUUUCAUCAUGGAGGCAGGAUGUCCCUUGGUUCCAAGGCACAUAUAUAACCAUAGCUCUACUUCAAAGAAUGUUUCAUCAAAGCAAAACAAGAUCAUUUCCAGUUAAUGGGUAAUCUCUGAGGCAUCAAAACAGCCCAACAUCCAAUCAAGUCAAGCACACCUGGUCCUUUGAAAAGUUACCCACCUUGGAGUAUCUGGUGUAAUUUGCAACUCUUCUCACUGAACUUUUAGUGCCAUAGAAUCAUACAGUUGGAAGGGACCACGAGAGCCAUCCCAACCAACCCCUUGCCAAGCAGGGACACAUAAAGCACUCCCAAGAGAUGGUCAUCCAACUUUUGUUUAAAAACCUUCAAAAAGAAUGCUUCACUACUGUCAGAGGCAGUGUAUUCUGUUGUUGAACAGCCCUUAUCAUGAGAAAAUUCUUCCUAAUGUUUAGUUAGAAUCUCUUCUCAUAGUUUGAAUCCAUUACUUUGUGUCCUGGUUUCUGGAGCAACUGAAAACAAGCUUGCGCCAUCAUUUUGUUAGUUUUGACCCAGCUCUCUAAUCUGUCCAGGUGAUUUUGAUAUUCUAACCUUGUCCUCUGGGGUAUCAGCAACCCCUUCUAAUUUGUUGCAAUCUGCAGAUUUGGUUAGCAUUGGACCCAGGACAGAAACCUGUGACACCCCUCAAGUCACUUCUCUCCAGGGUGAAAAUGAGCCAUUGGGAGAAAUAUAAGCCAAAAUUAUAUAGGAAAGUAUUGUCCUGGGUAUCUAGACUUCAAGCUUUGCAAAAUAUGCAGUGCCAAGAUGUGAAUGACUGGUUGAGAUAUAAAAAUUUGAUUACCAUAUAUACUUGUGUAUAAGUUGACCCGCAUAUAAGUCAAGGCACCUAAUUUUACCACAAAAAACUGGGAAAACUUAUUGACUCGUGUAUAAGUCACAGGUGGGAAAUUCAGCAGCUA